AUAUAUUUUCAGCAGGAUGGAGCACCAGCACAUAACUUCAGUGGCGUAGAAGAAUAAUGGAAGACUAUUUUGGAAACAGAUGGAUUAUUACCUUCAGGAAGGACCAUGGGCAUAUUCGGGAUAUAAGCCCUGGCUUACAUGAGUUGGAUAAAACGAAGGAUAAUGAAUUCAUAUUGACGAAACUAUUCGAUAUUCGCCUGGAAGGAGGAUAUGAAAAUUUACACCCUGAUCUUCAAGGAGUUAUACAAUCACAAGUGCACCCAGAAGGCCGAGUACCUCUGAUUUCACAAUGAACUGUCAAUACCUUGUAGGAGUUGACAAACAAAGUUUGUUUUGUGAUAAACUGGAAAAUGUGAAGAAAACCUUCCCAAAAAGUUGCAAAGAAAUUCAGCAAAAUGGUAAUCUGAUUUCUGGAGUAUACGAAAUUGAACUAAAUAUGGCUGGAAAAUCAUUCAUGGUUUUAUGUGAUAUGGAAACAAUGGGAGGUGGCUGGACACAUAUUCAAAGAAGAUUAGAUGGCUCACAAGAUUUUUUUCUGGGUUGGCGAGAGUAUAAAUUUGGAUUUGGGAACCUCAAGAGGGAGUUCUGGAUGGGACUUGAGAAUAUUCAUCUCAUGACAGGUUCGGAAACCAACGAACUACUAGUAGAAAUCGUCGAUAGAGAUGACAUAAAAGCUUUUGCUCAUUACAAAGAGUUUGCGAUUGGUUCAGAGAAGCAGGGCUAUUCUUUGCGUACGUUGAAAAAUUACUCUGGGGACGCUGGAGAUCCUUUCACGUACCAUUUGGGAUCCAAAUUCACCACGAAGGACUUCGAUCAAGAUUCUGAUUCAGAAAAUUGUGCAAUAAAGUACUGUGGUGCUUGGUGGUAUAAAUCUUGUCAUACAAGUAAUCUCAAUGGUAAAUAUCUCAACGCUAUUCUAUCUGACCCGUAUAACUACAAGGGAUUGCAUUGGAACACAUUUCGAGACCCUAAGUAUUCUCAUGCCAAAGCCAGAAUGUUAAUAAGACCGAAGAUAUAAUUAUUCUUGAUCA